GUGCCCAGGGGGGCUCUGUGGCCCGAACACUUCUGGAAGAUGGGACAUUCAAGGUUCGUGUGGUGACCCGGGACCCUGGGCAGAAGGCAGCCAAGGAGCUGAAGCAGCAAGGUGCAGAAGUGGUACAGGGAGACCAGGAUGACGAGGCCAGCAUGGUGCUGGCUCUGACUGGUGCACAUGCCGCCUUCAUUGUGACCAACUACUGGGAGAACUGCAGCCAGGAGCGGGAGAUCAAGCAGGGAAAGCUGCUGGCCGAUCUGGCCAAGCGCCUGGGCCUCCACUACGUGGUCUACAGUGGCCUGGAGAACGUCAGGAAGCUGACGGCAGGAAAGCUGGUGGUGGGCCACUUUGACGGCAAAGGGGAGGUGGAGGAAUACUUCCGGGACAUCGGGGUGCCCAUGACCAGUGUGCGGCUGCCCUGCUACUUCGAGAACCUCCUCUCCUACUUCCUGCCCCGGAAAGCCCCGGACGGAAAGAGCUACUUGCUGAGCUUGCCCCUGGGUGACGUCCCCAUGGACGGCAUGGCUGUGACCGACCUGGGCCCUGUGGUGCUCACCCUGCUGAAGACACCAGAAGAAUACGUGGGCCAGAACAUCGGGCUGAGUACCUGCAGGCACACCGCGGAGGAGUAUGCCGCUCUGCUCGCCAAGCACACCGGCAAGGCUAUACAGGCCGCCAAGACAGCUCCUGAGGAGUACGAGCAGCUGGGCUUCCCCGGGGCCCGGGACCUGGCCAACAUGUUCCGGUUCUAUGCCAUGAAGCCCGACCGCGACAUCGAGCUGACCCUGAGGCUCAACCCCAAGGCCCAGACGCUGGACCAGUGGCUGGAGCGGCACAAGGGGGCCUUCGCCCAGCUGUGACCUGCCCACCUGUAGCCCCGAGCCAGGCACGGGAGGCACAGAGGCACAAUUAUCCUUUCUCAUGUUACAAAAUAAAAACCUUUUAAAUAAAGCUUUUGUUCUCACAGAUG